CAUCCAUUAAUUGCCCGCCCGCCCGCGCGCCACCGCCUCCGUUCCCCUCGAUCCCAUUCCGUCCUCGCCCUCCCGCAUUCCUGGAGGUCGCCGUCCGUGGAGCGCUCGGGGGGGUCGGAGGAGGCGGGCGGAGGUGAUGGCGGCGCGGGCAUCGACGGGGGCGAUGGACGCCGCGGCGGUGGACGAGGUGCUGCGGCGCCUCGUCGAGGGCGGCCGCGGCGGGCGGCAGGUGCAGCUGUCGGAGGCCGAGAUCCGCCAGCUCUGCGUCGAGGCCAAGCAGGUGCUGCUCGCGCAGCCCAACCUCCUCCGCAUCCACGCGCCCGCCAAGAUCUGCGGUGAUAUCCACGGUCAGUUUGUUGAUCUUCUGAGGCUAUUCGAUUUGGGUGGUUAUCCUCCGACUUCAACUUAUAUUUUCCUUGGAGACUAUGUGGAUAGAGGCAAACAAAGCUUAGAAACCAUAUGUCUUCUUCUGGCAUACAAGUUGAAGUACCCUGAUAAUAUAUACCUUUUAAGGGGGAACCAUGAAGAUGCAAAAAUUAACAGAGUAUACGGUUUCUAUGAUGAAUGUAAAAGGAGAUUCAAUGUUCGUCUAUGGAAGAUAUUCUGUGAUUGCUUCAAUUGCUUUCCUAUGGCAGCACUUAUUGAUGACAAAGUACUAUGCAUGCAUGGUGGCCUCUCACCUGAAUUGAAUAGCUUGGAUCAAAUAAAAGAUAUUGAGAGGCCUACUGAAAUUCCUGACUAUGGUCUUCUGUGUGAUCUCCUUUGGUCUGAUCCUAGUCCUGAUACAGAAGGGUGGGGGGAGAGUGAUAGAGGUGUUUCUUGCACUUUUGGUGCAGAUAAGCUUGUAGAAUUCUUGGAGAAGAAUGAUCUUGACCUUGUGUGCCGAGCUCAUCAGGUGGUAGAAGAUGGCUAUGAGUUCUUUGCAGAGAGGAGAUUAGUGACAAUCUUUUCAGCUCCAAACUAUUGCGGUGAAUUUGACAAUGCAGGUGCUCUAUUGAGCAUAGAUGAAAGCUUAAUGUGUUCUUUUCAGAUAUUGAAACCAACUGAAACAGGUGCACCACAUUCAAGGAAACCUCUUCCAAACAAGACAACAAAAGCAGAGAACGUCUAACUUCUACUCAGUUACGUAGCCACUAUUGUUGUCAGCUCCAAGGGGGUGAUCUUAUUAAGUCUCGGAUCCACCAGGGCAUGGCAUUAGCUCUACAGCCUAUUUCUCUUACCCUUUGGAGUGGCAGAGCUCUACAUCACUCGCUGAAUUUGUGUAGACUCAAUCGGCAGCACUUACAUUCUUCUGUACAGCUGCAAUGUUUCUCUCCGGCAUUUAAUCCUUUCUUAGCUUCUCUAUAGUUACCUCGCCACAGCUGCAACGUUUGGUCUGGUGGACACGUGUUGGGUGCAGUAGUGUUUUUUGUUAGUUAUUCUAGUGAUGUUUCUUUGCCUGGUCACUUUGAGAUUUGUUUGCCUGUGUAUGUUCUUCAGGCUUUGGGAUAUAUGCACCGUGCAUUUGUGUAAUUCUAUUCAUUUCCACGUAAAUGCUUGUGUACCAAAUCUGCGUUGGCAUAAGAUUAAUGCUUAUUGUAACAGUCACCCAGUAUAUGUGGUGUAACACUGCAAUAUAUCUGUUUGUGUGUGGUCACAAAAUCCAAAUAGAAAAGAUGCAUCGAAGGAAAGAAAA